GUAUCACUUCGGCCACUGAUCUCAUGACAGCCCUCUUCAUCUCGUCUAGCCUGCCAUUCAAUCUCUGACCACUCCUUUCCUAGAGGCCGCCCGGACUGGUCACCCUAAAUACUCCGCACCUCAAUACCGUACCCUUCUUCCUCUCUUUACUACACCCUCCACCUUGUCGGCGCAACCUGUUACUUACUGUUCACAACCACCUCUCCGAAGUUACCAGCCAAUCUUUCGGCCUUCUUCAGCCACUCCCAACGGCCAUUAUAAUCGAAUCUGACAAGAUGCCUAUGAACUGGGACACAGCCACCGAAGCCAAGCUCUUCAGCUUGCUACUGCGCGAGAGCAAGCUCUCACUCAGCGCAGACAUUUUGAAGCGUAUUGCGACAGAGAUGGGUCCAGAGUGUACACCCAAAGCCAUCACACACCGCAUUGCAAAACUCCGCGCUCUGGGUGCUACGGCUGGCGAUGGUACGCCUCCGGAUGCAAACAGUUCAGCCCCUGCAACGCCCAAGAAGACGCGUGCCAAGAAGGCCCCUGCGACGCCCAAGUCGGCGAAAGGAAAGCGUUCAAAAUCUGUCGUUGAUGAGGAUGAUGAGGAGGUCAAGGAAGAGGUUGAUGAGGCUGAGUUGGAUCAUGGUAGCGAGUCUCCGAAGAAGAAGAGUAAAAGGGCUGGCGUUAAGAAGGAGGCUCCGGUCUCUGAUGCUGAGGAGGAUGUCUAACUUCUACUAUGACGUUGCUCGGAUCUUGGAAUCGAGAUUGGAUUCUAACGUUCUGGACAGUGAUGGGUAGGUAGUAAAUCCUAGAGUCCUAAUGGUCUGCUG